AUGUUCCCGCAGAGCCGGCACCCGACGCCGCACCAGGCUGCAGGCCAGCCCUUCAAGUUCACUAUUCCAGAGUCCCUGGACCGCAUUAAGGAGGAAUUCCAGUUCCUGCAGGCGCAGUAUCACAGCCUUAAAUUGGAAUGUGAGAAACUGGCAAGUGAAAAGACAGAAAUGCAGAGGCACUAUGUGAUGUAUUAUGAAAUGUCAUAUGGAUUAAACAUAGAAAUGCAUAAACAGACUGAAAUCGCCAAGAGAUUGAAUACGAUUUGUGCACAAGUCAUCCCAUUUCUGUCUCAGGAACAUCAACAACAGGUGGCGCAGGCUGUCGAACGUGCCAAACAGGUGACCAUGGCAGAGUUGAAUGCCAUCAUCGGGCAGCAGCAAUUGCAAGCUCAGCAUCUCUCUCAUGGCCACGGACCCCCAGUCCCCCUUACGCCUCACCCUUCAGGACUUCCUCCGCCUGGGAUCCCGCCCCUGGGCGGCAGUGCCGGCCUUCUGGCGCUGUCUAGUGCCCUUAGUGGGCAGUCUCACUUGGCAAUAAAAGAUGACAAGAAGCACCAUGAUGCAGACCACCACAGAGACAGAGAACCUGGCACAAGUAAUUCCCUCUUGGUCCCAGACAGUAUACGAGGCACCGAUAAACGCAGAAAUGGGCCUGACUUUUCCAAUGACAUCAAAAAAAGAAAGGUGGAUGAUAAGGAUUCCAGCCACUAUGACAGUGAUGGUGACAAAAGCGAUGACAAUUUAGUUGUGGAUGUGUCUAAUGAGGACCCUACUUCUCCGAGAGCAAGCCCUACCCACUCACCCCGGGAAAACGGGAUCGACAAAAACCGCCUGCUAAAGAAAGAUGCGUCCAGCAGCCCAGCAUCCACGGCCUCUUCGGGAAGUUCUACUUCUUUGAAAUCCAAAGAAAUGAGCUUGCAUGAAAAAGCCAGCACGCCCGUUCUGAAAUCCAGCACACCGACGCCUCGGAGCGACAUGCCCACGCCAGGCACCAGCGCCACUCCAGGCCUCCGCCCCGGCCUCGGCAAGCCUCCAGCCAUGGACCCCCUCGUUAACCAGGCGGCGGCUGGCCUGAGGACGCCCUUGGCAGUGCCAGGCCCAUACCCUGGCCCAUUCGGGAUGGUGCCCCACGCGGGCAUGAACGGCGAGCUGACCAGCCCCGGUGCCGCCUACGCCAGCCUCCACAACAUGUCUCCGCAGAUGAGUGCAGCCGCCGCCGCCGCCGCCGUGGUGGCCUAUGGCCGCUCUCCCAUGGUUGGGUUUGAUCCUCCCCCUCACAUGCGAGUACCUACGAUCCCUCCCAACCUGGCAGGAAUCCCCGGGGGGAAACCUGCCUACUCCUUCCAUGUGACGGCAGACGGGCAGAUGCAGCCUGUCCCUUUUCCCCCCGACGCCCUCAUCGGACCUGGCAUCCCCCGACACGCUCGCCAGAUCAACACCCUGAACCACGGGGAGGUGGUGUGUGCAGUGACCAUCAGCAACCCCACCAGACACGUGUACACGGGUGGGAAGGGCUGUGUCAAAGUCUGGGACAUCAGCCACCCCGGCAAUAAGAGCCCUGUCUCUCAGCUUGAUUGUCUGAACAGGGAUAACUACAUCCGUUCCUGCAAAUUGCUCCCCGAUGGCUGCACUCUGAUAGUGGGAGGGGAAGCCAGCACCCUGUCCAUCUGGGACCUGGCUGCGCCAACCCCACGCAUCAAGGCGGAGCUGACGUCCUCGGCCCCCGCCUGCUACGCCCUGGCCAUCAGCCCCGACUCCAAGGUCUGCUUCUCCUGCUGCAGCGACGGCAACAUCGCCGUGUGGGACCUGCACAACCAGACGCUGGUGAGGCAAUUUCAGGGCCACACAGAUGGGGCCAGCUGUAUUGACAUUUCUAACGAUGGCACCAAGCUCUGGACGGGCGGCCUGGACAACACGGUCAGAUCCUGGGACCUGCGCGAAGGGCGGCAGCUGCAGCAGCACGAUUUCACCUCACAGAUCUUCUCCCUGGGGUACUGCCCCACCGGGGAGUGGCUGGCCGUGGGCAUGGAGAGCAGCAACGUGGAGGUCCUGCACGUGAACAAGCCCGACAAGUACCAGCUGCACCUCCACGAGAGCUGCGUGCUGUCCCUGAAGUUUGCUUAUUGUGGUAAGUGGUUUGUGAGUACUGGGAAAGAUAACCUCCUCAACGCUUGGCGGACGCCCUACGGAGCUAGUAUAUUCCAGUCCAAAGAGUCCUCCUCUGUGCUCAGCUGCGACAUCUCCGUGGAUGACAAGUACAUAGUCACUGGCUCAGGGGACAAGAAGGCUACAGUCUACGAAGUCAUCUACUGA